UCGUCGUUGACUGUAUUGACAGUCUACCGGAAGUCGGCGCGGCUCUGUAUUUUUUUCCUUCACUCUUGGUUCGCCUUUUUCUCCCCCUGAAAAUAAAACACAAAAAAACAAGAAAUCAAGCAGCUUUGGAUCAACGGCAUACAAAAGCGAUGGAGGAAUUUCACAAUGGAAACGAAGUGAGUGUUUCAGAGAGUCUAACUUGUUUAUUUAGUCGUAGAAAGAAAAAGGAUGUUAAGGAGCUAGGAGUUAAGGAGUCAGCUGUGAUCAUCAGUUUAUAAAUCUAGAUUCCUGAUCCUGCUGCUUUAAAAACUCACAUCUGUCUCUUUUCUCUCUUCAGGGCUCCUUUAACCAAGAGGAAGUUGAUAACUCCAUUAAAGAGGUAAAUUUAACUCAAUUCUGUCUCUUUUUUCCUUCUUCAACACCAUCACAGGUCUCAUCUUCACUGUCCUCUUGUCAGGUGAUUAAUGACUUUGGUUUUUAAGAAUGAGAGGUUCAGUGAAGCUGUUUUUUUCCUCCUCCCUCAGGGUGAAACAAUAUCCUGUGACUUAUCCACAUGACUGCAGACACUCAGUCUUUAUCUGCUGAAAGUGUGUUCGUGUGUGUGAAUUUGUGUGUUUUUCUCAGUGUAUCGAGAGCGUGGUCGGCGGGGAUGACUACAGUCAGAGUCUGGUGAACAAAUGGACAGCUGGUAUCGUGGAGCGCUGCCUCACACAGCUGGUCAAACAGGGGAAACCCUACAAAUACAUUGGUAUGUUUCUGUGUGUGUGUGUGUGUGUGUGUGUUUGUUUGUGUGCUGGUUCAUUCUUUCAGAAUCAUAGACUGUAUAUACUAUGGACAACUUGGUUCCGCCACCCGCCUAUAUUCCGCCUAUAAAAACUACUGGAAAAUUUAUGAUAAAUAACAAUAAAUGACAAUGUCAUCUUCAUAAAAGUGAAAAGAGGCAUUUGACAAGUUAUUACAUAAGUUAUUAAUGUAGAUAGAGAAUAAAAUAGGUCCCAAGAUCAAACCUUGAGGUACACCUUUAGAGACCUUCAGAAGGGCAGAAGUAGAACCAGCCUUCUGGAUGCAUUGUGACCUACUGUCUAGGUAGUCUUCAAACCACGAUGUUGCUUGGUUUGAUAGGCCAAUAUGACGAAGUGCACGUAAAAGCAGAUUAUGGUCUACAGUGUCAAAUGCCUUUGACACAGUUAUAAACAGAGCCACACAGUAUUUUUUAUCAUCCAGGGCCUGGAUAAAAUCAUUAAAAACUUUAAGCGCAGCUGUCACAGUGCUGUGCCGCUUUCUAAAACCAGAUUGAAAUGAUGAUAAAAUGUUAAAAUGUUCACGACUGUUUUAUCUGCAGUGACAUGUGCUGUGAUGCAGAAAACAGGAGCGGGUCUCCACACAGCCAACUCCUGCUACUGGGACACAACCAUGGAUGGUGAGCUCUGUCUUCACUGCUGGGAUAGUCUAGUGUUUUUCUUUAGUGCUCUCUCAUGUAAUUAUUUUGGAUGUAAACACUUGUUUGUUUGUUUGUUUGUGUUUGCAGGAAGCUGCACUGUAAGAUGGGAAAACCGCACCAUGUACUGCGUGGUCAGUGUGUUUGCUGUGGCUAUCGCAUGAUACACACACACUACCACUACCACUUGAGGAGGGGUGCAGGUUCUUCCUGUAAACAGUAGGGGGCCACCAAGUGCCACAGAGUCCACAUCAGUACAGCUUUCAGGAGGAGGAGCUGUAUUUCCAGCCUUCAGAUGCAUGUAAAAAUCCUCAUCAUGUUAAUGUCUGUAUCUCCUCACAUCACUGCAGAGCUUUAAUCAUUUCACAUUCAGCCUGACUGCGCACAACAGCUGCAACAAUCACAAAAAGCCUGACUCUUCUUCUUCUUCUUCUUCUUCUUCUUCUUCAUCUUCGUCUUCUUCUUCUCCUUCUUCUUCUUCGUCUUCUUCUUCUGUGUUUUGCUGUCUUUAUGAAUGUCAUGCCAACAAGGAAAGAGCAGAUUUUUGUAAUCGGAGUGGGUUUUUGCUGCAGGUAAAUAAAAAUGAAGAGAUUUAUCAACAAACAGCAGAGUUUCUUUGUCCUCGCUGACCAGUGACGAUCAUAUUUUCACUUUUUCAUCCCAGAGUUUGAAAAAAAAGCUUUUUUUAAUACUUGACUUUAAACACAAUGAUCCUGAUCGUAAAACUCAAUAAGAAAUUUCAAGCACAGCGCAGCUUCAUUGUCUUUCAAUAAGAGCGAUCAAAGCUAAAGGAGGAUUGAGAACAUGAUGGAUCGCUGUGAAGAGGUCGAUCGGUUUAAAAAUAUAUAUGUAUAUUUUGUGCAAAGUAUAAAAAAAAACAGAGUUUAAUAAAGCAAUAUCAAACCUCC